CACUGAAGACUGCUUAUUUCUUUAAAAAGACACAACUCAUCUUACCACUACCAAAUUCAAUAAGAAGCCCAAGCAUUAAAAUAUUUCAGGCUUUAUUUUAAAGGCAAGUGAGACUGCUUCAAAUAAAACAACUCCAAGCUUCCAAGAAACAGUUAAGAGAAGGCUGAGAAGAGCAGAAACACUUCUUCGCCGACACUUACACUGUUGCCAUGGACCUACAUAAGCAGUGGGACAACACAGAGACUAACUGGCACAAGGAAAAGAUGGAAUUACUGGACCAGUUUGAUAAUGAAAGAAAGGAAUGGGAAAGUCAGUGGAAGAUCAUGCAGAAGAAGAUAGAAGAGCUUUGCCAGGAAGUAAAGCUUCGGAGGAAAAUCAAUAUGCAUGAACGUGCUAGGAUCAUUGGUCUAGAUCUUGAGAAGACCACUCAAGAAAAAAUGGUGGAAUCUUCUCCAGAUGACCCCAGUGCGGGACAAUACGAAUUUACAGGGAUGAAUCACAGGGAUGGUCUGGGAAAAGAAAAGAAAACGGAGCAGAGCUUAUUCAGUGAAGGAAAUCAAAUGUGUAAAGAACAAAAAGCAACAAAAAAAUCAAAAGUAGGAUUUAUAGAUCCUUUGGCCACAGACAAUCAAAAGGAAUGUGAGGCCUGGCCUGCCCCGAGGACUUCUGAGGAAGAGAGCAAGAGCUGUUCUGGUGCCCUCAACACUGCUCUUGAAGAACUUGCCAAAGUUAGUGAAGAAUUAUGCAGCUUUCAAGAGGAAAUUCGAAAGCGGUCUAACCAUAGAAGGAUGAAGUCAGAUUCUUUUCUCCAGGAAAUGCCAAAUGUAAUUAAUGUGCCUCGUGGGAACCUCAUGAUCAACAAUGGCCAGUGCAUUCUCCCGGUUAAUUUAGAAAAAGAAAAACAGAAAAAUAUAAAGAAUCUGAGCUAUACCAAUGUCCUCCAAAGCAAUCCUAUGAAAAAAUGUGGAAUUGACACAAUUAAUUUGCAAAAAAAUGAAACUCCACCAGUUCCUCCUCCAAGAAGCACCUCUCGAAAUUUUCCCAGCUCAGAUUCCGAACAAACCUAUGAAAGGUUAAAGGAAAGUUUAGAAUACAACAGCUGGGUGGCCCAUGAGGGUCUAAGUGAAAGGAACUGCAAUCCUCACUUCCUUUUGAGGCAGCAUGAGAUGCCUAUGUUGUGUCCAAAUGAACAGAAGACUUUGAAAGAGGAUAUCAUGUUUUCCUCUUUGGCACCAGAAGUCAAAAUAGAUAGCAAGCCUCCAAGUAAAGAAGAUGUUGGCCUUAGCAUGUGGUCAUAUGACAUUGGUAUAGGUGCCAAAAAGAGUCCCUCCACUUUUUGGUUUCAGAAAACCUGCUCUGCUCCCAAUAAGCCAAAAUAUGAAAUGGUGAUCCCAGAUCACCCUGCUAAAUCUCAUCCUGAUCUUCAUGUAAGUAAUGACUGUAGCUCCUCAGUGACACAGAGCAGUAGCCCACUUAGAAGUUUCAGUUGUGGCUUUGAAAGAACUACAAAGAAUGAAAAGCUGGCAGCAAAAACUGAUGAAUUUAACAGAACUGUAUUUAGAACAGAUAGAAAUUGUCAUGCAAUACAGCAAAAUCAAAGCUACUCUGAGGAUCUUAAGCCCUGUGAUACCUUAUCUACUUAUACAGGUAACAUAUCAGAAAAUGACACUGUGUCUGGUAUUUGGAAAGCCAGUGCCCACAUGCCUGUGCCCAUGGAAAAUGUGCCUGAUAAUCCCACUGAGAAAUCCACAACAGGAUUAGUCACACAAAUGCAGGGACACGUAAAUCCUCGCCGUUAUCGGAAUAUGCUCCACGAGCAUGAUUGGAGACCAAGUAAUUUGUCUGGUCGACCAAGGUCAGCUGAUCCCAGGUCAAACUAUGGUGUCGUGGAAAAGCUGCUGAAAACCUAUGAGACAUCAACAGCGUCUGCACUGCAAAAUUCUAAGCGCUUCCGGGAUAAUUGGACCAAAUGUAAUUUUGAUGUCAGUGAUGGUGCCACAUUAAGUCAGCAUUUAGAAAUGCUCCAAAUGAAACAAGAAUUUCAACAAAAGACAGCUAUGUGUGGGGGACAGCAAGUGAAGCAAGGAAUAGAUCAGAAAAAGUUAACAGAGGAAUCAUUGGCGGUGAAAACUUCACAUGGAAAAGGAUUUUCCCGACCUGCUAGACCAGCAAAUCGCCGUCUCCCGUCCAGAUGGGCAUCUAGAUCUCCAUCAGCACCCCCCGCCUUGCGGAGAACUGCCCACAGCCAUACAAUUUCUUUGCGAUCUGAAGCAUCAAUGAUCUAAGUCUCUGGCCUGGAUUGUGAGAUUACAAAAAUUCUAGUCCCAGUUGUCAAACAGAGCAUUCUGAGUGUUUACAGCCAGUCCUGCUCUCUUCUGUGUCUUUCAAGAUCACUGGGACAAGCAACUUAAUUCUUAACUUUCCAUCAGUCUUCAGUGUUUUUAAUCCACGGAAUAAUUGUUUUUCUGUAUUUUGAUUUCUUAGAUCAGAACUUUUUAAUGCCAUCCUCAUUAAUUUUCCAAUAUGAUUUAAGUUGAAACAAUGUAUAAUAUUGUAUAUUCUAACUUUCUUGCAAGUGGCAGAAAGCAAGGUUAUGUGCAUGGACAUGUGUUUGUAGGUGCAUGUGUUGAAAUAGGAAGUAUCCUAGUAUGUAUUUAGAUAAGAAAAACUUAUGUGCUAGUGUUGACUUUGAAAUUAUAACAUGUAUACCUAUAUAUUCUUUGUGUUUAUUUAAAAGUUUUGAAAAUAUAUAGUACUAUUUAUAUUUUGUAUACCUUUUAAUAGGUAUCCACUUAAGCAUUUGAGGUACAUAUAUAUAUAUUAAUUAACCACUUCCUUCACCCCCAGCCACACUGAAAAAUAAGAAUUAUACACAUAUCUAACAUUGGUAGAUUUCUAAAUAUAAUUCAUAAAUAGUUUCUUAACCCAUAUAAGGAGAAACUAAUAUCAUUGAUCUCCUUGUUUAUUCUUUUUUUAAAUUAAAGUGUCGCAAGUUUAACAGAUCAGCUUUCUAAAGCAAGCAUAAAAUGUUCAUAAAUACUUUCGUAUAUCAUUUGGUAGUCUAGUAUGGCUUUAACUAUAUACUUGAUCCUCAGAGCCAAUGUCAAAAGACUGCCUUAUAAAUGACUAAAUAAUGAAUUUAUUUUGUCAACCUCAGUAACAAACAUUCCUUAAACAGGAUGCAAAAAACAUUAAAUUAUGUUGAAUUUUACUCUUUGUUAAAAUUGUGGUAAGCUUUUAGUUUAGCUGCUUUACUUGGAGUCGUAUGUAUAUAGAGGUAAGUCAUUCAUUUUUUCCCUUUUUCUCACCUUUUCCCUAAAAUUAAUAGAUAAAAGACUAAUUUGCUUUUUUUUAACCAAGGAAGAUCAAGAAUAAUAUUGAAUUGAGAACUGAACUAUAUUUCUUAUAGUGUGCUACAAAAAAAAAAAAAAAGCCUUAAACCAACCAUUGAGAUCCCAUUGUAGCAUCAGGAAGAGAAACAUAUAUUUUGGCUAGAAAUUGCAUACAGUGAACACACAAAAUAUAUGCAGAGAACUGAUAGAAAUAUGAAUGUUGAGGUGCUUGGAAUUCUACAUGGAAGGUCUUAGAAGCAACUUUGCUCCCCAUUGUCUCUAUAUAAACCCAAUUAUGUUGUUAGUUGGAUAUUAAUUCUAUUUAAGAUUUUCUCAUACUACCAAAAAAGGUUAAGCAAUUCUUCUGCCAAACAUAUUCAAAGAGCCUUUUCCUUAUGAGGUGUUCUAACCAUUUAGAGAAAUUUAAUUCAUUCUACACCGUGACCUGGAGUAAAGUAAAUAAUUUUCAAAUUGCAAUUUCAAAUUGUAGACUGCCUUGAAAGGCCCAAGACUGGUGAUGUCUAGAUCAUACUUUACAAUAACAAAACUUUCAGGAGUUACGUAGAAUUAAACUUCUGGAGUGUGAGUUUGGAUCAGAUGGUAAGUAAGAGAGAUAGAUUCACUCUUUUCAUUCUUCUUUCUUUUAGGAAUAUCCCUUUCCACAGGAAACCUAUCAAAGAAAAAUAACCUACACACUCUCAUAACACACUUUUCAGCUAGAGGGGAGAAAACAUCAGGAAGGUGGAACCCUGGGGUAUAAAAUAAUGGAGUUUUUAGGACAAUGCUGCUGUGUGACUGUGGGGAGCCUGCUCAAGGACUGUGCGACAUAACUGUUCCUCUCCAGCACUGUAGCCCAGGUAGUCUGCUAUGAUCUGUGGUUGUUACCUUGACCUAUAAACCAGAAAUUAAGGAUCUCUUUAAACAAUGAAAUUUCUGAUCUCAUUCCAUAAUUACUAAAGCAAAAUUUCCAGAGGUGGGGACUGGGACUCUGUAGUCUUCAAUAAAACCAAACUAAGCAAAGCAAAAUAUUUGUUGACCAGGCAGAUUCCGAAGCAGUGACAUUAAUACUUGAAUAGAUGGGUACCCACCCUUGGGUGGUCACUUUCCUUCUCUGAGACUUACUUUUGUUAUCUGUAAAUUAAAGGGGUUAUAUUGUCAGGCUGCACAGUUUUAAGCUACCUUUUUAGUUAACUUUUGAAUGAACCCUUGGGACACGUUUUAAUAUUUCUUAUGGUGACUAAAAUCAUAGAAUAUUAGAGCUGAAAAAUAAUGAGCAUCUACGCCAAUCACUUGAUUGUAAAACUGAAGAAACUAAAAUAGAUUAUUUGAAUGUUGCUUUUUCUUUUUAAAUAUUUUAUAAUUUUUUUACUGGAAAAAUCUAUUAGGUAAAUAGGAAUUAUCGUCGAAAAUAAUUUUUGAUGUGAUUGAUUGUGAUUUUUUAAACCGGUAAUUUUUCUACUUUGGAUCGGUGUUUUCUUCCCAACAAUAUAACUUUCAUUAUACCAUCAUUGCUAAAUUUAAAGGAUUUGUAAGCAUUUCUAGAAGUAUUUGAUUAGAAACACUUACAUUAAUAGAUAUUUUCCCUAGCAGACUUGGGGAAAAAAAUCUUAUAUUAUUUCAACAGGGAAUUUCUGAUAUUAUAAGCUGAUCUCAGAAAAGAAUAAGAAUGAGGCAGAGAAGAGUGCCUGAGUUUGUGUGUGUGUGUGUGUGUGUGUGUGUGUGCACGCCACCAUCAAAUUAAGUUCUCUGUAUUGUCUUGUGUCCCAAAGCCAAAUAUAAAAAUAUAAAUGAUGCUUUGUAUAAUUCACUUUAUCAAAAAUUAUCCAUAACUUUCAUUUGUUUUUAUAUAGACAAUGAAGAUGAUCAUAUUUUAUUUCAUAGAUAUUACUAUAAAACAUGAGUUACUUCUACAUGGGUGAUUUCACUGGGCUCCAUGUUAUCCUGAGAAAACAUCUGGACUGGAAAAAAAAGUGUUUGUGCUUCCUUACAAAGAUCUUUAAAGUUAUUGUUAGGCAUAUUUGCUGAUAAAAACUACUUGGUACUGAAAUCUUCAACCAUUAGGAGCUAUCAAAUAAAAUAGGUGUGGAAACACCCACCAUGGCAAUUGUA